AUGUGCGAGCUUGAAUUUGGCAAUGGCAAGGCCAGGGAGCCGAGCGUGGGCAGCAGAUGGCAAGCGUCCUGGUACGAACGCUUGGUGCAGCCUUGCCUGGUUGAACUGCUGGGCUCUGCCCUCUUCAUCUUCAUCGGGUGCCUGUCGGUCAUUGAGAACGGGACGGACACUGGGGUGCUGCAGCCCGCCCUGGCCCACGGGCUGGCUUUGGGGCUCGUGAUUGCCACGCUGGGGAAUAUCAGUGGUGGACACUUCAACCCUGCGGUGUCCCUGGCAGCCAUGCUGAUCGGAGGCCUCAACCUGGUGAUGCUCCUCCCGUACUGGGUGUCACAGCUCCUCGGGGGGCUGCUCGGGGCUGCCUUGGCCAAGGCAGUGAGUCCCGAGGAGAGGUUCUGGAAUGCAUCUGGGGCGGCCUUUGUGACGGUACAGGAGCAGGGGCAGAUGGCAGGGGCAUUGGUGGCAGAGAUCAUCCUGACGACGCUGCUGGCCCUGGCUGUAUGUAUGGGUGCCAUCAAUGAGAAGACAAAGGGCCCUCUGGCCCCAUUCUCCAUUGGCUUUGCUGUCACCGUGGAUAUCCUGGCUGGGGGCACUGUGUCUGGAGGCUGCAUGAAUCCUGCCCGUGCUUUUGGACCUGCGGUGGUGACCGGCCACUGGGACUUCCACUGGAUCUACUGGCUGGGCCCACUCCUGGGUGGCCUGCUUGUUGGACUGCUCAUUAGGUGCUUCAUUGGAGAUGGGAAGACCCGCCUCAUCCUGAAGGCUCGGUGAAGCUGAGCUCAAGCUCGUGGGAUUCCUGCUCAGGUGAGUCCUCAGCUCUCCUGUCCCAGACUGAGAACAGGAGAGUUCCUGCACUUCCUGCCAGGGCACAGGCCCAGAGGAGACACCCACUUGCUCCCACUGUGUGGGACUGGUUUCUCAGAUAGACGGACUGUUGAGGAAGCUCUAGGUUCUUGGAAUUUCUUUGUGCUCAUCAGAGACCCCAGCCUGAGGAACAGGUUGCCUGUGCUGCCCAGGGAGCGGUGGAAAUGGCAUGAGAAUUUUUCUCAAGAGGAAAGUCCUGAGUUGGAAGAGGAGGCUGUUUCUGUACAUCAGCUCAUUUCCCGCACCCCGUUUCUUUCUCCUUCUCUUGUUUCUUGAUAGCUCUGUUGUACAAGGGCCUUCUGGGCUCCAGCCACUUCCUUGCUUCUCAAGCUGACAAUUCUCACUUUGCAGUAAACAGUCUGGU